AUGGAGGAGGGACGAGGCUUCGAAGCUUCGCGGGCGUCCUGGAAGGGGGUGGCACUGAUCUCCUGCCUUUUCGGUGGGUUGGUGACUGCGGCUUUCUUCCUGGGAGCUAUGGCGUUUGUGCGCCAGAACUCUGUGGUCGUUGUGAAUAUUGAUGGCGGCGGUGGCGGUGGUGGAGGUGAGGGUGGUGGUGGUGGUGGCGGUGGGGUUGGGGAUGUGAAUGUUUUUCUCGGCGAGGGCGUGAAGAGGACGCAUCCACACUGUCCGGAUUUUCCAAAGCUGGACAUUUUGGAGGUUACGCACAAUAAUCUUGGCAAUGUGGGUCCUGACACGGGCACGGAAGGCCUUUACUACCAUGUGAAAACAGAGAAAGGUGAGGAGAUGUACAUGGAUGUCCAUGCGACGUCAUUCAAGUCCGACAAUGCCGGUAUGGGAAUGCGUGGUGCCUUUGGGAGUAUCAAUGUUGCUGGGAACACCGAGGCUCUUCUGCACGUCAGCUUCAGGGACUUUGAGACAAAAAAGCCUGUUGUCGUGGAUGAUUUUAGCCUGAGUUUCUUUGACCUUGACCAUGACCAGGGAGGCUCCGGCCUGAAAGCUUUGACCAUUGAGGGUGACUGGUCAAUGGCAGUGGUUGCCCAAGAAACGAGUCUCCUCGUGCAUCGAGCGGGGGAGAGCAAGAUCACUUUUCAUGCCACUGAAGAAUCAGAAGCUGGAGAUCCCGAGGAUCCAAACGUGUUGACCCUGAAUCAAUACAACAAAGCCGUGACUGUUCGCUUUCAACAUGCAGACCACUUUCGUAUUGGUUUGCAGGUGACCGGUGCUCAGGUGAACCGCAUCUUUGAGUUCACUGGGGGUGCCUCAAUCCUUUGUGCCAAAAGCCCCACGGGUAAAGCACUGCCUGUGGGCCAAGUGUAUGUGAACGAACAUCAGCUGAAGGUUGGCCAUGGCGAAGUCAAGCACGACAGGAAGUGGUGGUGGAUGCUGGCGAUGCUGUCCAUGCUGGCAGCCUUGAUUUUCGCCCUGAUUUUCAUCAUUUCCUCCUUGCACGAUACGGCGGCAAAGGCAUCUCCAGGCGUACCUGGAGCUGAGAGCCUGUUGGGGAUCUCCAUGGAGCUCCCCCGGUGGGCGCCCUGCGCGGACAGCUCGGAGACGCCUUGGGCGGUGCUAAGGGAGUCCUUCCUGGAGCAGCUAAAGGAGUACGCGCAGAGGUAUCUCUCAGCGGUCAUGGCCGGAUGGGAUGUGGUGCCCUCUGCCAAGACGGUGGCGCGCGCCACGGGCUUGGGCCUGCUGACAGCAAGCGCGCUGGUGGCAGUGCAAGUGAUCAGAAUUCGCUGCCGCCGUGGGCCGAAAAACUUCAAGGACUACGUGUCCACCAGCGUGCCCCGCGCAGCGGAAGAGGAUUGCAGCCGCGACCGCUUUUCUGCCAGGAAGCUGCCGAAGAACAUCGAGGUGGUGGUUAUCGGCUCGGGCAUCGGUGGCCUCUACCUGGCCGCGCUGCUGGCGAAGUCGGGGCGCGUGGUGGUGGUGCUGGAGCAGCACUACGUGGCGGGCGGCUGCACGCAUGAGUUCACCGACAAGGGCUGGACCUUUGACACUGGGGUGCACUAUGUGGGCCGCGCGGAGAAAUAUGGCAAACUGCUGGAACUGGUCUCGUCCGAGCCCAUUGAGUUUGCGAAGAUGGGCAGCGAAGCGGAUGGCUUUGUGUAUGACCAAAUCAAGAUUGGCGAUGAAGCCAUCCAUUCUCUGCGGGCUGGCAGACACAACUUUAUCCAGGACCUCCAACAACGUUUUCCGGAGGAGAGGGAGGCCAUCGAAAAAUAUGUGGAUUUGGUGGUGAAGUGCAACAAAUCUGCUGAUUUGCACUUCUUCGGCAAGCUCUUCCCGCGCUUUCUGCAACGCCUGCUGGAUCCGAUUCUGUCCGCCAAGUUCAACAAGCUCGCGAGUCGCACUGUCAAGAAGGUCAUGGACGAGCUCUUUUCUUCGGAGCUGCUGAAGGCCAUCCUCUGCGGCCAGUUUGGCGACUACGGCAUGUCGCCCUCAACGGCCUCGUUCUUCAUCCAUGCGGGCAUUGUGAGUCACUACCUGGACGGUGGCUACUACCCCGUGGGUGGACCACAGCACAUCAGCCGCGGUCUCAUCAAAACCAUUGAGAAAGCUGGGGGACGAGUUCUGGUGAACGCUCCAGUGGACAAGGUGAAAGUCUCCCAGGGCCGCGCGACGGGCGUGACGCUGCGCAACGGCGCCGAGAUCAUGGCGCCGCUGGUGGUCUCGGCCGCCGGGGCGGAGGCCACGGCGAAAUUGCUGCCGCAGUUUGCACCAGCAGAGAGGUUGGAAGGGGGCAUCAGCCAUAUGUACGCUUUUAUUGGCCUCGAAGGGAGCACAGAAGAGCUUCAGUUGACUGCGUCGAAUUUGUGGGCGCUCCCCUCCAAGGAUUUAGAGAAGGACUUGCAGAGCUACUAUGCGAAUCCCUGGCCCUAUGUGGACCAAGGCUCCCUGCUGCUCUUCGUGGGCUUCCCUUCGGCCAAGGAUCCUCAGGCCGCCACCAGACAUCCUGGGAAGAGCACUUGUGUAAUCAUCACGGAAGCCAAAGAGGAGUGGUUCGGUGACUGGAAAGAUGCCAAGCAGGGCAGGAGAGGCAAGGACUACGAGCAGAUGAAGCAGAGGUUUCAGGAUGGCAUGCUGAAGGGGCUCCUGAAACACUUCCCACAGCUGCAGGGCUGCAUCGAGUAUGUGGAGAUGGCGAGCCCCCUGUCCAACCGACACUAUCUGAACCGCGCGGCCAGCUAUGGCUUGCAGCAUCCGCCCAGCAGAUACACGGUCGAGCAGGGUCUCCGCCCCGGCCGCGUGGCGGGCGUGGAGGGCAUGUGGAUCACCGGCCAAGACGUGACGACCAACGGCUUCGCCGGGGCUCUGAUGGGUGGCGUGGUCACGGCGCAUGGCAUCCUGGGCUACGGCUUCAUGGACCUGGCGCUGUGUGGUAGAGCGGAAGUUGAAGGUGAAAUCUCUCUCCGCGAGAGGCCGAAAGCCACCUUGUAUCAAGCAGAAAAGGAACACCAGUGGUCACCAGUUGGUGGGAAAUCACGAGUCCAUCGUCGAAAAGCUCCAGCGCUGCAGGCUCGACCUCAGCACGGCAGUCGCGUGCUUCGGGGUGCAGAACUCGGGCCGCCACGUCAAUCCAUCCGCCCGGCACAGCUGCGACACGUGGAAGCGGCCGAGCAGCAGCGUUUUGCGCGAGAGCAGCAGUUACUAGCUGACCUUGAUGCGCGCACUAGGACACCGCAUUUGUUGGUGCAGAUCCGCAGUUUGGGCAUAGUGGAGAUUUGCGGCAAAAACCACGGAGGCAUCUUCGAGCGGCUCGGGGACUGGCUCCAAUCCAGUUGGGGCCUGGUCGAGCAUACCAGCGAUCUGCGGCCGGAUGUCUACGUGCCGUGCAACCCCCUGAAGUCGGCCAAGCUGCAUCUGCAAGUGCGUCCCGUGCACGCCUGGGGUCGACUCUGUGAUAGGAGCUUCGCUGCCGGCCCCAGCGACGCCACUGGCGCAGUGCUGGGAGCGCAGCGACUGGUGCAGUGCAAGAAGAAUGGCGAAAGCAACUUGGGAAAACUGACCAUGGAACUGGUGCACUUCAUGACCAACACCUGUGGUUGGGGCCUGAAACUCAUCGAUGGCUGUACUUUGGGAAGAAAUGGACAGAUGCGCGAGAUGCAGAUCAAGUUCACUGCACCGCACCCGCUGAAUCUGCUGGCGCCACAUCUGUUGAUCGACCUGCGGCAGAGCGGAUAUGUGGAGAUCUAUGGGCCAAACACGCAGAAUGUCUAUGACCACCUGCAUGGCUGGCUGGAAAAGAAUUGGCAUGCCAAGUCAGUUCCAGCUGAUCCAGACUUCUGCAACCGCAAGUACAAGUGCUCCGCCUUCAAGAAGCGUGGCUCCGAGGGCGAGAACAACAUGGGCCUCUGCGCCAUGAAGCUCAUGGACUUCCUCAACAAGGGCUGCCACUGGAAGAUGAUCGCGUGCAAUGCCAGCAACUUUGGUCGCCUCGGGGAUCAGCGGGAGCAGCAGAUUGCAAUCCGGUUUGACGACUUCAAGCACAAAGAUUGCGACCAUGUGUUGGUGGAGCUGCGCGAUGUGGGCUAUAUCGAAGUAUCUGGUUUAGAGGCGUCCACCUCCCCCGCCAAGGCGUUGCAUGAGUUCAUCACGCACCAGUGGCGUUGCUCAGAAUACCGCAACAACAUCUUCGAAACCUUCAAUUCCAAGUACUGUGACAGGAAAUACAGGAGCCCUGCGGGGUUCUAUCAACGCAAUGGGCUGCAGAACACCUUGGGGCGUCGGACCAUCGAAUUAGCCACCUUCAUGUCCUCCCAAGGUUGGGACUUGGCCGCAUGCAACGGAGGAAGCCUCAUCCUACCGAAGCAAAAGAAGAAGAACGGUGAUGGCCUUGUCCGUGAGCACCAGAUGAAGUUCGUGGGCUCCGCUGCUCGCCCCGUGUCCACCUUGCCGUUGCUGCUGGUGGAGUUCCGCUGUGUCCCCGGAUUGAAUGCUGGUCAUCCUUUUCUUCAGUCAUUCAUUGAGAUUACAGGCUACAACACGAAUGGGAUCUACGGAAAGCUCUCUUCAUUUGUACAGAAUCACAUGCAAAGUCGGUUGGUGUCACAAGCAACGCCCUUCUGUGAUUUAUGCUUUGCCUGUGAUGCUUUCCAGAUGAAGGAAGCCACGUUGAAGUGCAAGGAAGGCCGCUUUCUUGGCGAGAGCAACUUCGGAAAGUACGCCAUGCGUCUCUGCGACUUCAUGGUGGACUAUUUGGGAGAAUGGGAACUAUUGGUGUGCAACAACAACUGCAUCAACGUCGCGCUGAAGGGUCAAGCCUCGCUGGCGCGGGAGGCGCAGAUGAUCUUUCGCGCCCGGGAGAGCAGCCGCGACGUCUUCCUCUCCAGCAGCCAGGCCGCGGUGCUGGGCUGUGCCCCCCUUUUUGCGCCCAACUACUGGACCCUGCCGAGCAAGGCUGGCGAGGUGGCCCAAGAGGUGGUUCCCGCCACAGGGGAGGAAUUGGCGAUGCUACAGGAAGUGAUGGAUGGCACCUACAAGGCCAAAGCCACCCGUGAUCGUCUGGGCAAACCCGUGCCGCGGCGCCUGGUGGUGGUAGCAGCGCUGCGCUCCGAGACGCCUGCCCUGUGGGACCGCUUCGCAAGGCGUAGGCAGCAUUUGGAGCAAGAGCUUGCGGGGGAGAAGGACCUCAUCACACCCAUGACUCUGCCGGCCAGCUUGGGCUUGACCCUACGAUGCAUCCACGAGGACCGGGGAAACGGUAGCAACGAGGCUUAUCUCUUGCAUGGCCAAAUCGCAUGGCCGUUGGCUGUGCCGGAUGAUUUGCAGCAAUGUGAAUGGUUUCAAUCCUUGUCUUUCCGAGAGAGGGAGAACGUCUUAUUCCUGCUGAAUGAACGCGACUCUCUUCGCAAAGCUGGGAAACGUGAAGUGCGCUUUGGUGAUGUCUACCAAUCAGCUCACAGAGUCCCUAAGAGCAGUGAGGAAGAAAUCACGUCCCUGCCGUCUUCGAAACUUUGGGAUCUCAAAGCCGAAAGGCUGCUGAUUGGAUCAGAAAUGCUUCACCUCCAAGCCAUUCAAUUUCCAGAGGCGAAGCUGCGGAAUUUCAGUAGCCCGAAACUGAUCAACUUGGCAGGGAAUGCGUAUACAGCCACUGUAAUGUUGGCACUUGUGUUAUCGACGUUGAUGCACCUGGAAUCACCAACCCCUUCUGAACAAGAAGAUGAGGACGACGUCGGCAUGUUGGUUCAGGCAGUUGCCAAGCGCCAAAGGCUCUUGUGA